AUGCCAUUCCUCCUUCACCAUCCUCCUGGUCUUGUCCUCGAAAGUCUCCAGCGAGAAACAAGUACCAAGAGAAUCCCAGCGUCUGAGAUUGCCGAAGAGAGCAGUAACGUUCAGCUGGUUACUGCUAGGAUUCGUUUUGGCGAACGAUGUGGUCCCGACGUAGGUUACUGUGAUGAGGAUCUCUGCUGCUCGCCGGCUGGAUAUUGCGGUAACACGACUGCUCACUGUCAGGCUCCAGACUGUCAAUUGGACUACGGAAGCUGCGAUGCAAAUAAAACUCCUCAAGGUCUUUCAACGGAGGAUAUCCCUCGACCCCAUGUUGGCUAUGUUCCAUACGGCCAAGAGGUGUAUUCCUGCCAAGCUCCUUAUACAUUCGCAAUGACCUUCGAUGACGGCCCUAAUCAAUAUACAAGCGAUCUACUGGACAUCCUUGAAGCCUUCAAUGCUAAGGCUACUUUCUUCAUCACUGGUGUGAAUUCUGGAAAGGGCCAAAUUGAUGAUUUCGGCCGUCCUUGGGGUAAGUUGAUACAGCGCAUGCAUCACGGCGGCCAUCAAAUUGCAAGCCACACGUGGUCUCAUCAAGACUUGAAUACGAUCACACCCUCUCAACGCCGAGAUCAGCUGGUCAAAAAUGAAGCUGCGCUCCGCAACAUCCUCGGUGGGUUUCCCACCUACAUGAGGCCUCCAUACUCAAACUGUGAUGAUGACUGCUUGGACGACCUGGCCGAACUCGGAUACCAUGUCAUAUUUUUCAAUAUUGACACAAACGAUUAUAAGAAUGAUAACCCAGAAGCUAUCCAGUUAUCAAAGGAUACCGUAGGCGACGCCUUGUCGAAUUCGCAAGUCCCCCUCGGCCGUCCAUUCUUAGCAAUUGGACACGACAUUCACGCGCAAACUGUGUACAACUUGACCUCUUACAUUUUGCGACGAGUCCAGGAUGCUGGUUACCGGGCCGUGACUGUUGGGGAGUGCUUGAAUGAUCCUCGUGACAACUGGUAUCGCUGGGACUAUCGAACCCAGUAG